GAAGUACAAGUGGAAGUAUAUAGCGGUGAGGUGUGUCUUUACCGAGCAGCCCCUGAACGCAGCACAGAGUCUAUAAAGCGAGCGGUUUUCUGAGGCAACAACAAACCGCUGAAGUUCCUCCGAAUAUUAAACAUUUCUCCGACUCUCAUUAGAGGAUUUAUACAACUUCUCCUGAAAGGAACAGAUCCUGAGCAGCCAUGGCAGUCGAGGGAGGAAUGAAGUGCGUCAAAUUCCUGCUUUUCUUUUUCAACUUCAUCUUCUGGCUGUGCGGCCUGGCUCUGGUGGUGUUGGGGGUCCUGAUACAGGUGAACCUCCACAACUCUAUGGUGAUCAAAGACCCCUCGGCCUCCGCAGUACCCAUCGUCGUCAUCAUCGUCGGAGUGAUCAUCUUCUUCAUCGCCUUCUUCGGCUGCUGUGGCGCCUGGAAGGAGAACCACUGCAUGGUUACCACGUUUGCCAUCCUCGUCUUCAUGAUCAUCGUCAUCGAGGUGGCAGCAGCCAUCAGCGGAUACGUGUACAGGGAGAAACUCUCCGUGGUGGUGGAGGACAGUCUGGCAGACAUGAUCAACAACUACAAGAACAGCACAGAUGAUUUCAGGUUGGCGGUGGACACGCUGCAGGAGAACUCGCAGUGCUGCGGCUCCAACAGCUCCUCUGACUGGAAGAAUUUCGGCCCGGACGAGAACUCGGUGCCGGACUCGUGUUGUGUGAAGGUCAACAAGGACUGUGGAGUCGGAACCAUGACCAACGCCGCCAUAGUUCACCAGACGGGCUGUCACGAUGCGUUGUUGAAGUUGCUGCAGGACAAUCUUCAGUGGGUGAUCGUUGGAGCGCUUGUUAUCGCCGCCCUGCAGAUCCUGGGCAUCGUGUUCGCCUGCUGUCUGAUGAGAGGAAUCCGCAGUGGAUACGAGGUCAUGUGAUCACUGCCACCUCGUCUUCAUCUGGAAAACUUUAUUAAUAUUCAUCUUCAGACAUUAUGCAAGUUGUGUUAGUUUAUAUUUUCUAUACAAAAUCUCUGCUUCGUUAAGGAAAGUAUAAAGGUCCAUUUGAUCGCCGCUCCACGGUUUAUUAUGGUUGGUUUUGAGGAAUUUUAACAUCUCUAUUUGUUCUGUUUAGAGACUUUGGAUCUGAUUUAUGUAUUGCUGGUUCCCUGUGUCUGUUUUUAUUAAAGACUCUUUAAAUUAAA